AAUAAGUCAGGUGAUUAAAUAUCAUGCAUGUUCCUUUGCUUUUUCACUUUUGUAAAAGCUGCAUAUAUUCGUUUUGGGGGGACGACACAAGUAUGAGAAGAAAAUGUAAUUCAGAGGUACAGUCUCUACGCUGUUACUAAAUUGUCAAGAAGAUAGAGUUGGAGUUGAGUAUCAUUGGAGUGGACGAGAUGUUUUACAGGGAGCAACACAGUCUAAUGGAGGACUAACAGGUGUCUUACAACACACUACACAGUGAGCUGGAAACACAAUAUGAGCCUUUAUCGCCCUGUGCUUCAGUGGGGAGGGAAAUGGUGCCUCCAUUCAUUGUCCUCUCACCAUGGAAUGCACUACCUGUCUAGAAACCAUUGUAGUAGCUUAUUGUUGUAUGGCCAAUGUACCUGUUGAACCAGAUCUGGCUGAAGUAUGAAAGAUAAUGCAUUGUUGCAUUGUUGGGUUUUGAGUUUGCAAGAAUGGCACUUCUCUGUACUUGUGCAUGUGACAUUGAAACUUGAAACUAAUGUAUGGCAGUUUUAUCAGCAGAGUGAGAACCGUGUGUAGUAUUGUGUUACUGUGAUCAAAUCGUUUGUAGGUUCAAUAAAAUGUGUUUUUCAAAUUGGCCCAUUCAUUUACUGGACAGACUGUAUAGAGUACAUGAUGUUUAAACUACGCCAUUAUGCCCCUCUCUCUUUCUCUCAAGUACAGUCAGUGCUUCAUGACUGUUGAUCGCUUUCAAUGUUUGCUGUAGCUUGUCUUAACUACAUAAGCUAACCUAUUGGCUAGCCCAGCCGAUUAGGAAUGGUCAACACAGGUCAAAUGCUGUACCCAGAUGAGUAUACACGCUUUAAAACGCUCCUCCCUCCUCACUGUGCACUUUGACCUGGUGCUUUGUGCUCUCGUUUUAAUUCUCUAUUUACUUUGCUGUAGUUUAGAAGAGAUUUGACCUAUAAAGGUAAGCAAGUAACUUUUUCCAACCACCUUUUCAUCAUUGUUAAUAUACAGUAUGAUUAGGACCAGGGUUUUUUCCCUGACCAAGUGAAAUCACCAGGGAAACCUCUGGGCCCUAGUUAUAGCUUGUAGCCCUCCUGGACCUACUUUAAGCGUUAUCGUCGACAUUUCUCUAGGAUGAAGAAUAUGCUGUAUGUUUGUGAACAUGUGGAUUCUGUGCAUUCUGUUAUUAACCUUCAACAUGUAUCUGCCCAAAGUGCAGCAUCUGCUGCAGUGAAUCACUUAAUUGCCAUUUGAACAGACUUUUUCCCCACAGCAACCCACUUGUUGAAUUCAUGCAUCUAAUUUUACAGUUGGUGGGAAAUAAUGAUCUCAUGAACAUGGAUGUGGGAUUCCUUGAGCUCUCAGAAAUAAAGAGAUGCAGGUGUUCCCGGGGAAGUUGCAUUGCACAGCAGUGGAGGGUGCAUGACCACAGAGCUCUCCUAUGACAGGUAUGGCAGGCAGGAGCCUGGGAGUGGGAGGGGCCACAGAGCUCUCCUGUGACAGGUAUGGCAGGCAGGAGCCUGGGAGUGGGAGGGGCCACAGAGCUCUCCUGUGACAGGUACGGCAAGGCAGGAGCCUGGGAGAGGGAGGGGCCACAGAGCUCUCCUGUGACAGAUACGGCAGGGCAGGUGCCUGGGAGAGGGAGGGGCCACAGUACCUGUGUGGCGUUGGCAGUAGUGCACUACAGUACACCUGUUGCACUUCUAGGGCUCUCUCUUCCUCCGUCCCUCGCUCCCUCUCUCUUUCUCCCUGGCUGGACAGAGAGCACGGGGGGAGAAGAAGAGGGCUUCUUGGUCGACAUGGAUCCCAACAAGGAGGCCAACAACGGCAGUGAGAAAGAGAAGGAAAAAGAGAAAGUGAUCAAGAGGAGAAUCAGGCCUAACUUCCUGCGCUACAUGCACUUGGAGAGGAGGAAGACGGACACCAUCGUGGUGGCCAACGAGGACACCGCCGCCGACAUUAAAGGUGACAUCAACCUUGGGACCCUGGUGCGGAGGAGUCAGUCGGACAAAACGGAGUACAGUGCCAAACUUAAAGAGAAAAUGGCGCCCUUGUCCCCCCUGUCGUCGAUCCUGGCCUCCCCGGCCCUCGACCCCGCGGAGGUCCGCCUGAGGAAGAUGAGCCGCAGGUCAAAGGUCAUCCAGGAGCUGGUGCAGACGGAGAGGGACUUCCUCACCGACCUAGAGCUCUGCAUCAGAGAGGUGGUCAAGCCCCUCAGAGACAGACAGGUGGUGGACGUGGAUCGUCUGUUUACUAACAUGGAGACAGUGUGUGAGGUGUCGGCCGCGCUGCUCCACCGGCUGCAGGAGGCCACAGCAGAGCCAGACCCUGAGGCGCUAGUCAUAGGGGAAGUGUUCAUUCAGGCCAAAGCAGCGCUGGAGGACGUCUAUAAAAUCUACUGCUAUCACCACGACGACGCUAACUCUUUACUCAAGUCCUAUGAGAAAGAGGAAGGAAUAAAGCAACAUUUCAUCACCUGUGUGUUAUCACUGAAGCAGAUAUACGACCAAGAGGGUAAACCCAACCUGCUGGACAUGGGUUCUCUGCUCAUCAAGCCGGUCCAGCGGGUCAUGAAGUACCCUCUGCUGCUCGGGGAGCUGUGGCAGGCCACGCCCAGCGACCACCCUGACAACAGGCCCCUCCAGGAGGCCCUGACCGCCGCCAAGAUCAUCAACGUCAACAUCAACGAGUUCAAGAGGAGGAAGGACAUUGUGAUGAAGUACAAGAGGACCGAGGAGGAUGGGGGGACACUCAUGGGUAAACUGAAUAAGUUCAGCAUCCACUCUAUCAGGAAGAAGUCUGACAGGCUCACAGGAUACCUCAAGAUCCUCACAGGUGUGGAGCCACAGGUGAGAGAUGAGGUGUUCGACAAGGAGGAGAAGCUGUUCAGGAGUCUGGAGAAAGCAGUGAGACAACUAGUCAAGAACGUCCACUGUUACCUGAUACACAUACAGGAGAUGGUAGGUGUCGCGGUCCAGAAUACUGCAGACCUGGAGGACAUCAUGAAGGAUCCAGACAAAAUAGACACAAACGGUACUCAGCACCUGAAGAACGGCAACAACCCAUACAAGCACUUUAAAGAGAGGAUGGCACAUCUGGUCCUGGCACCCCUCUCCUCACUCCAAGGCAUGUUCGCCGCCCCGCAGAAACUCAUCCAGAAACGCUACGACAAACUAUUGGACUACUGCAGCCGCCUGGAGCGCUCUCCCUCCUCCUCCUCCAUGUCUUCUGCCUCUUCUUCUUCCUCCUCUCCAUCACCUGUAUCCGAGGACCAGGGACAGGUUGCGGCGCGGAGGGACUACGCAGCCCUCAAUGCUCAGCUGGUGGAGGAGCUGCAGAGAUUCAACAUGGCCGCCCAUACUAUCUUGUCCAACUGUGUCCUCUGCCUGGUGACCCUGCUGAAAGGCCUGAUGGACACGGCCUGCCACCACGCACCCUCCAUACAGCAACUACCGGCUCCUUUGUCCAACAUCAGUGAAGUCCAAAGCAGCAUCAUGGAAGAGCUCAACAACCUGACUCUCGUCAAGGACAACGCACAGACUCUAAUAGAACGCAAAGUCAGCUUCGAGAAAACAAAGAAGAUUUUAGCUGUCCCAGAGAUCCAGCGUCAGACAGAGGGCAACAGGACCAGGCUGCUGGACGAGUAUCCAGCUGACAGGCUGUACCAGCUGAAGAGGAACUGUAACGGGUGUCAGGAGCAGGAUGUCAGCCUGCUGGAGGGGGAGCUGGUGGGCCUGCUAGAGGACACAGACCCUCUGGGGAGCCGGGGCCGCUGGCUAGUUGACACUGGCAGCACCCAGGGUUACGUGUACUCAUCCUUCCUGAAGCAGUACAACCCCAACAGGGAUCAGGGUCGACCAGGUCAGGGUACGGGGAUCACAGAGCCCCAGCAGCCCAUCGUGGUGCUGGACGAGGACUUUGACAACCUCAGCCUGUUUGUGUCGGGCAGCGGGAGGAACAACAGCAUACGGAGCCGGAGCAGCAUACCUAACUUCAGCCUCUACAACACCUCCAGUACCUCGCUUGACAGAUGCUCCACCCCGUCCAGCCUACAGGGCGACACAGAGCCAGACAUCCGCCAGGAUGUGGACACAGAGCCAGACAACCAGCAGUUUUAUGCGGUUUACGGGUUCCAGGCACGCUGUGACCAGGAGCUGACCAUGCAGGAGAACCAGCAUGUGAGGAUCCUCAAGUUCAGCGACCUGGGAGGCAACAAGGACUGGUGGUUGGCCGAGGCCAACGGCCAGAAGGGCUACGUCCCAGCCAACUACCUCGGCAAAAUGUCAUACGCAUAAAGGAAUAGAUUGGGAUUAAGAAGGCCCAAUCCCAAAUGGACUCCUAGCCCCUACAGGCAGGUUUCCCAGACACAGAUUAAGCCUAGUCUUGGACUAAAAUGCAAUUUUAAUAGAGACUCCCAAGGACUAGACCAAAUCUCUGUUCAGGAAACUGGCCCUAUGGCCUUGUGGAGAUUUGAGAACAUUUGAUAGUUGUACCGUAGCAACAUGGUGAAAAUUCUGGCUAGCAUAUCAGGACAAGGUAGAUUUAUUACCAUAUCCUCUCAAAUCUCCACAGGCGUAGGGUUGAUUUGGGAUAGGGUUUUACUGUAAUCUGUCUGUCUAUAUAAAAAAAAAGAUCAUGACUGUUAAGAUUAUUGCAUAUAUGCAUUUUGCACUAAGAAUGAAGCUAUCAUUGUGCUGAGCACUUAGUAUUGCCACCUGCAGUGUUGAUGAAUUUAUAUUGUGAAUGUGUGUUGUCCCAAUGAAAAUGAUUUAUUCUAAUAUAUGUCAAGCAAAUGUAUUUUGAAAGAGAUAAUGCAUUUUAGAGUUAUCCAGUUCCUCCAUGUAAUGUGUAUAUUUUAGAUCACUCAUCAGUGAUAAAUAAAGAGUCUUUAUCAGUG